CAAAGAUGGUCCUCCAUCUUUCAUCUCAACGGCGCUUCCGCCCAACCAACGACUUGAAAUUCCAUCAGCCGCCCUUCCAUCAGCCGCCCAAAGAUAGCUUCCACGCUUUCCUUACCAAGGAUGCCACGGAGACUUUGUCAGGCGCUCGGUUGGAUGCGUUGUGGCUAGCCCUCAUGUUUCAUCUCAACGGCGCUUCCGCCCAACCAAAGACUCGAAAAUUCCAUCAGCCGCCCAAAGAUGGGGCGUGUCGAGGACAUAAAAUGUGCUGCUGUUCUGCGCCUGCCUGAGCUGUACUGCUGGUCUGCGCCUGCCUGUGUUGUGCUACUGUUCUGCACCUGCCUCCGCUGCUUUCAAAUCCUUGAUCCAACUCGUGCCCACUCUUCCAAGUCCCCCGCCGUCUUCUCCCUCGCCGGUGCUGCGACAUUGAGGAAAUGUAUCGACAGCAGCAGCCCAAAGUCGCGAACUCCAUUCCACAAUGGGCAGAUAAGGUUCGAUGUCUGCUCAAUAUCAGUGAUGGAGAUCCUCGCAAGAACGAGAGAGUCUGGCAGUUCGGUGCUGCUGAUCGCAAGUUUCCUUCGGCCUCCGAUCUUUCUGAGGAAGAUUACCUCCGACUUCGGGUGAUCUGGUAUCACUGGAGUAACAUCAACGAGUUCAGACAUUACAUGCGGGAUAACCCGGUUCUGCAGGAGGACGAUGAGACGAGUACUCGGUAUACCGGGUAUGUAUCUCGGGAGAACGACGAGCUGGCAACCAAGAUCUAUGACAAGCUGUCACCUCUGUUUCGCGGCUACCUGGACGACAUCAGGUCCAACAAGGACGGGACGAGGCCAGGCAGCAAGUGCGAGCGCUACUUUCUCACUAGGUACUGGCAGGGCCUGGUCAUGACGAGACUCAAGGGUGACGAUAAACAAGGGGAAGCUGGCAUUUCACGCAAACCACGACAAGAUGUGACCCCUGUCGAAGACAUCACGGCCGCCGUGUCAAGGACGACGAUUGCCAGCGCCCCUGAGACCCCACGGAAACAACUCAUCCCGAAGGUACUGGAGGUCGAGACCCCAGCCGUUCCCAAAUACUUACCGGCCAUCGGUGGCAUGCAAAACCCCGCCACCUCGGACGAGACCUAUGUCAACACAGCGCUCCUCCUGCUGCUACAGACGCUCACGUUGAGCAUGUCGGAGCUCGGCAACUCGAUGGACGGUCGGCUCGACCUUGGUGAUCUCGAGUGGCUGGCUGAUCGGCUACCUCUCAAGCUGUACCGUCAUCAGCCACAGAGUGACUGGAACACUCAAAAACCUGCUGAGUUGAUGGAGGCUCGAGUAGACGGCUAUCUGUGCAAGCGAGACUAUCACCCGCCCGACAAGGACGGUGUUGCUCUGCCACGGUACAAUAACCUGCCUUUGGCUAUCGUCGAGGCGAAACCGUGCGUAAGAAAUGCGGCAGGAUCUUCGAUUCGUUGGCAGGAGAGCGCCGAGAUGGCUUGCUGGGUGUCCAGCUUGGACGAUGACUUCGAGCACUACGGAUUGCUUCAGUCUUCCACUAGCGGAAGAAAACGACGUCUUAUGGUGUCCCAAAACCGCCAUGAGAUAUACCUCAUCAUCGCCGAAUACGGCCAGCCAUGGAAAGACUACAUCCGGACCGGGAGGUCAUCAUCACAACCUAUGCCCCGGAGCAAGGAAGAUGCGGUCGAUCUCGCGGGCUCGGACGCCUUCGUUAAAACCGCGGCUGCAGCAUUCCCCGACGAAUUCGAAACGAUGAUCAGCGACGCGGCGGAGUUUAUCAAAACCCCUGGCGGUGGAGUGAGGCAAACCCGCGCCAGGCCGCUGGAGCUACUGGGUCCGGAAGACUUCUGCAUUAUGCAGCAGUGGGGGCCCUUUUUGGUUAAUGACCGCCAUUGUAUGGACCUGUUCUUGCGUCGGCUUAUCGCGCUGCAGGUGCAAUUGCUGUCGACAGCGACGGCGAUGCCGGCGCCGCAGUUCGAUUCCGAGGAGGCGCCGCAGUUCGAUUCCGAGGAGUCCGAGGAGGAAACUUCAGACUGAAAUUGUGGGGACUCGGGAGUGAAGUCGGCGGGAACUCUGCGAGAUACUCUCAGAGCGAGGGUUUUCUUCCUGAUUUUUGUUGUCUCGUCUCUGUUUUGUUACCGCUUUCCCUUAAGUGAGCAAUGAGAUUUCGACCUAGUCUUUACCUUCCGCCCCCCAAACUAUAACGCUCGGCAAUCAACCGUAAAGACGUCUUUCUGUGGUACAUGAUGCAAGACCUGCGGACUCAGACGCUACAUUGGGCAUCUAGGCCAAGGGCGUACAGAAUCUGGAAGUUUGGAGGACAGACUCCAGUAUCACUACCCGCAGAACGAGUCAGAAUGCCAUAGCUAAAUACCAAGCGGUUGGUCAGUUGAAACUAGACAGCAAAGGACC